AUGGAUUUCAGAACUAAGAUGAAGGGCCUUUCUGGUUCAGCAGUUGCAGUUAGGGAUGGCCAGCAUUUCAGUUCCGGUUCAGCGUUCAGGGGACUGGAACUAGAUCUCAAGGUCCUUGAUUUUGAUCAAGUCUAAUGGUUGAACUAGCUUUUGGCUUAAAAUUAGGCCGAACCUGGCUGGUUUCGGACUGGUAUCAGGCUGAUUCAAAGUCGAUUUUGAUUGGUUUUGGGUUGAACCAAUCUGGUUUUAGUUUUAAAUCGGACCAUAACCCAAUCUAUUUGCAGUUAACUAAUGGUGGUCUGCUGUACAAGGGUAAAAACUGAUAGUUGAAUGUUGUAACUUUCAUUGGUAUAAUUAUAAUUUUAAACCAUUGAUUAUUGACUUUUGAAAAGUGGAUUAAAAGGUUGUGUUUAUCAAACAUUCUUUAACGAUGAGCAAGAAUUUACUGUAGCAGCUUUGGUUGAAAUUCUUGAAACUAUUUCCCUAUCAAAUAUCCUUAUCCUAUCUUGAAGCUCUAAGCUAUGGACCACCUUGUAGCUUUUUGGCUGUGUUGCAUUGAGCCAUUCCACGCCAUAAUUUCUCUAAUCUUUCUUUAUUCUUCACACCCACUAGACGAUUCUGAGCCAUUUCCAAAAUUUUUAGUUGAAGGGAUUUUGUGAAAAACAAAAGGUUAAAUUCAAUAUGCAUUAAAGACAGUUGCAUAUGCAACCAACAAGCAAUUGAAUCAGUGGUAAUUGGAUCCAUUUGCAAGGUCGGAUUUGAAUCUUAGAGCCAUCAUUUCUCUUAAUCUAAAAAAAAAAAAAUUAUUGUGAAAUCUCGUGCUGGAUUUCAACCAUUGAGUUAUUCUCAGCUAUGUCCUACAGCAUUGAACCAUCUCUUGCAGCCCAGAUCCAAGAAAAGCUCUUCUUCCACCUCGACCAACACAAAAGCUCAAAAAAACCUAACUACAAAACUAAUACUAAUUAUUAGUAAUUUACGAAAAUUCCCCAACGGUCACAAAAAAAUUAGACCCACCAACGUUCGGUCAGUCUUUCUCCUCUCUGCAGAUACUUUCCACUAGUCUACUAACCGUUACAUUUUGACACUUGAACAGUCUGUAGCAAAUCUUGCCCUCAGUUUCAGGGUCUUGUUUCUCUCUCUAAAACAUCUUACUAAAUCCUGCAAUCCCCUUUAGAUUUCUGGGUAUUCUUUUCUUUCUCGUAAAGUUCUUCUCUUCACAAUGGAACCAGCAAAAAUAGAUUGGAAGAGGGUAGAGUCUAUAUCUGUUGAAGAUAAGUUGUAUGAGAAUAUAAAUGCGCCUAAAUGGGUUGAUUUCUUGAACCCUGAAGAUGAUGACUCCAUGGAUGAUGAGGCUUGGUUCUGUAGACCUGAUUGUAACCAUCCAAAGAAAGUUGAGGAUUUCUUUAGAAUAACUCCAACUUCAAAGCUUUCACGCUCAGCUGAUAAAUCUAAGAGCUCUUUUGGCUGCGGGAAUCUAAGAGAUGCAAAAUUGAAGAGGAGAGGGCAAAGUCAGUGUUCAUUUACAUAUAGUGAUAGAUCUAAAUUCAGUGAAGAUAUUGAAAACCAUAACCCAAAUUUGUCAACACCACCAAAUUACCAAGCUAAGUUCAUCAAAGCAAUGACCAAAUCAAGCAGUGAAAAGAAGAAAUCAGUUGAUGAUGAGGCACCAAGGCUAAAAAGCACGUUAUCAGCAAGGAAUUUGUUUGCAGGGAAGGAUAUACUAUGUCAUAUUAGUGAGUUCUGCAAUGAAUUGAAGAAGAUGGCAAUGAGGGCAAGGGAAAGAGAAUGUGAUGAGAAGGUGCCUGAGAAGGAGAGUCAAGUGAGGGAGAAAAUAGAUGUGGUAGUGGAAAAUGGGAGAUCUAGAGAGGUUUUGGGGGAAGUGGAUGUGAAGGAGAAAGAGAGGAAGCCACUGCUUGAAGCAGGGAAAGAGAAAUCAGAAGGAAUUGAGAAAGGAAGUGUCAAAGAAAUGCAGAGGAGGAAGAAAUUAAAUGAAGAUGCAGAGAACAUUCCAGUCCCUCUAAAUUUGGAAAAUGUAAAGCACAAAGGAGAGGAGCGCUUGCUGCAAAUUCGGACCAAUCCUCCUUCUCCUCAAUGCUUUUCUGCCACUCGAGCACCCACAAAAACGAGCCCUUCAAAGGCCUACAAAUCUAGGCUUAUGGAUAGGGGCAUUCUUCAAGAAGUGAAGCAGAGUAAGGAAGUGGCAAACGAGGAAACUGAGGACAAAGGCAGAAAUUUUUCCAUUGUGGAUGGAAAAGAAACAAGAGCUUUGGAUGUAUUCUGGUUCCUGAAGCCAUGCACAAUGUCCAGCUAAAGAAGUGAUUUAACCAUAGAAACAAUUGAAUUCAUUCAUUCAUUCCAUUCUUUCAUUGUUCUCCACUUUAACUCAUCACAUUUCAUUUAUUUUUCUUAUUCACAGGCCCAUACCUUCACAUUGUAGGUCCCUACUUGAUUCAUUUAAUGUCAGUAACAGAAACUGUAAUUAAUCAUUCAAUUGUACUGGAAUCAUUUCAGCAAAUAAAUUGUUGUAUUUUUUACCUGCAAAAUUCACACCUAAUGCAAAUCAGAAGUGAAAGAAAUCCUGGACUUC